GCGGCUGUCGCGUCCAUGGGGGCUGCUGCCUUUCCUCCGACGGCGGCCCCCCGCGUCCCUCCAUCGGCCCCGCCUCGGUCGCAGCCGACGUCAGGGCCGAGCCCCUCACCCUCCCUCCUUUCCGCCGUCCCGCCCGCCGCCGCUCCUCUCUCCCGGCGUCGGGCAGCAGCAGCCGCCGCCUCGGCCCUGCCCCGCUGCCUGCCCCUCCGCUCCCCUUCGCCGAGAGCCCAGCAGCGCGAAGAUGGCGGCGUACAAAUUCCUCCUCCCGCCGCUCCGCCGCCGCAUCCUCCUUUCCGCCGCCCGCGCGCGGGGCGCCGCGGCUGAGAUUUUUGGAUGCUAUUUUUCCACCAGCUGUCAUCGCAACACCAAAUUUUACACUGAUCCUGUUGAAGCUGUAAAAGAUAUACCCCAUGGGGCAACUAUACUUGUUGGUGGUUUUGGAUUGUGUGGGAUUCCUGAAAACCUCAUUGCGGGUUUACUGAAGACUGGGGUAAAGGGAAUAACAGCAGUCAGUAAUAAUGCAGGCGUUGACAAUUUUGGACUUGGUCUUCUGCUUCAGACUAAACAGAUAAAACGCAUGGUGUCAUCAUAUGUCGGAGAGAAUGCUGAAUUUGAACGCCAGUAUUUAUCUGGUGAGCUUGAAGUGGAGCUUACACCUCAGGGUACGCUUGCUGAACGUAUUAGAGCAGGAGGAGCAGGAAUCCCAGCAUUUUACACCAGUACUGGCUAUGGGACGCUGGUGCAGGAAGGGGGUGCUCCUAUCAAAUACAACACGGAUGGCACCAUUGCUAUUGCCAGUCAGCCAAGAGAGGUGCGAGAGUUUGAUGGCCGUCACUUUAUUCUGGAGAAGUCAAUUACAGGAGAUUUUGCUCUUGUGAAGGCAUGGAAGGCUGAUCGUGCAGGCAACAUAAUUUUCAGGAAAACUGCAAGAAACUUCAACCAGCCUAUGUGCAAAGCUGCCAAGACAACUGUGGUAGAGGUAGAAGAAAUUGUUGAUAUAGGAGCAUUUGCCCCAGAAGACAUUCAUGUUCCCAAAAUCUAUGUUGAUCGUCUGAUACAAGGAGAGAAGUUUGAGAAGAGAAUUGAACGCUUAUCAAUUCGAAAGCCUGAAGACUCAAAGGCCAAACAAAAACAAGGAGACAAUGUGAGGGAGAGGAUCAUCAGACGGGCUGCUUUAGAGUUUGAGGAUGGCAUGUAUGCUAAUCUGGGUAUCGGAAUCCCACUGUUGGCCAGUAACUUCAUCAGUCCAGACAUAACUGUUCAUUUACAGAGUGAAAAUGGAGUCCUGGGUUUGGGUCCUUAUCCGCUAGAAAAUGAAGUAGAUCCAGACCUGAUUAAUGCAGGUAAGGAGACAGUCACUGUUCUUCCAGGUUCUUCCUAUUUCUCUAGCGAUGAAUCAUUUGCAAUGAUAAGAGGAGGCCAUGUUGAUUUGACAAUGCUUGGAGCUAUGCAAGUGUCUAAGUAUGGUGACCUGGCCAACUGGAUGAUUCCUGGUAAGAUGGUGAAAGGAAUGGGAGGUGCCAUGGACCUGGUAUCCAGUGCACAGACCAAAGUGGUUGUCACCAUGGAGCACUCAGCCAAGGGCAAUGUCCAUAAAAUCUUGGAAAAGUGCAAUUUACCACUUACUGGGAAACAAUGUGUAAACCGCAUCAUUACAGAGAAGGCUGUGUUUGAUGUGGACAAGAAGAAGGGCUUGACCCUUGUGGAAAUCUGGGAAGGACUGACAGUGGACGACAUCAAGAAAAGCACUGGCUGUGACUUCGCAGUUUCGCCAAAACUAAUACCAAUGAGGCAGAUUUAAACAUGAAAUACAGACUGGGCUUAACUUGCCAGAAGGCUUGUUUCCAAACAGGAGCUCAGUGAAGAGAAAUCGAUGUCUGUUUUGCAAUUUUUCUUGUUCUUUGUCUUCUUUUUUUUUUAAGGGCUUUGUAAGUAGUUUCCAGGUAGUUAAACUCAGGCUAUGAUUAUCAGAAUUGUAUUUUACUUUCAUUACAUUACCAAUUUUAAUGGAAAGGUGAAUUUAUUCCCAAAAUUUUGAAUGAUGUUAUGCUAAAAUGUUAACAUUGUCAAAAACCAACAACAAAAAAAAAGCCUUGUAGUCUCUCUGCCAAAUAUUACAUUUUUUACACGAAACCAGAAAAUGUCCAUGCAAACUUACAAUUGCUUCUGCUUUUCCUGAUGUCAUUAAACUUACAAGUCACUCCAUUGCUCUGGAACUACAGUACUUAGGAUGUCCAUUCUCCUGUACCUGUAAAGGUGUGUUGUUUUUUUCUAGAGUGGUCUAGAGCAAAUGUACACAUCUGUAGAGAGAUAUCAGGAAUAUGGACUUCCCUCUUCCUGAACCUUUCAUGAGUGACAAAACUCUUUAUACUGGUGGAAAUAAGUAGGUCCUUAGCCCUGAAUGUAUCUGAUAUUUCACAGUAUGUGUCUGUUGACAUUAAGAGUCCUACACCUCCCGCAGUCCGACUCUGAUCCCUUAUAAUUAAAUCACACAAACUGGAAUGGGGCUAAUGUGAAGGAGGAGGAUUAAAGUCUCUAUCCCCAUGCAGACACAUGGUAGCUGCACAACUGUCCCACUUGUACCACUCUUACUUUCCAGAUACAAUCCUUCUCCCUCGCCCCCAUUCAAAGGCAAAUUAAGAUUGUUUCUGGAGUGAGGUCUGUCCUUGCAGUGUUACACAGAGAAAUGGGAAGAUAAUGUUCUGGGCACUUGGGAGAUUCUUUUGAAGGGAAUACAAUUGGUGAAGUGUAAAAGCAUUAAGUUUGCACCACUUGUCAAUCAAGGAAUCAACAAAAAUUAAACAGUUUGGAACUUGAACUCAUGAUAACUAGAAUGAACACCAUGAGAGAAUCAAAAUGAAAAGUCAUUCUCUCAUACUGGUUCUGCUAUUUGAUAAAGAUUUUCCUUUCCCUGUUAUUAAUUACAAAAUUACUAUUAUUUUUGCAAAUAGGUAACAUGACAGCAUUAGAUCUCACAUCCCAGAUCAGCACAAUAUGUCUUUAUUAUACAGAUCAUAAAUUGACUGGAGAUCUGCAUUUACUAAAAUACAGUGUUCUCUACAAGUAUAAUGGUUUCUGUCAUUCAUGUAAAUAGGAACAUGUUAAACACUUCAGUUAAAAUAGUUCCUGACAUAAUGUUUGGCAUCAGGACUGGAGCAGACUAAGUGACUGAAAAACAUGUGAAAUGUCGAUGCACAAAUGAAUAUGUAUAUAUAUAUAUGCCUAUCAUACCUGUGAUAAGCAGUAUGGGGAUAUGGUAUGGAAGGCAUUCGAAUACUAGAUAGGUGAGGUAUUCACCAUAGACAGUGUUUGUUGUGGAAAGAGUGUAACUCAUUUCUAGGGAACCAAAAAUUGAAUAUGAAAAUCCAGCAAUGUUUAGCUCCUGUACUAGCCUUUGUACUGCAUUUUUCCAGUCUAAAAUAAGAAAUGCUUCUCUUUUAUGGGACAAUUUUAACAUUUGUCUUGAUCCACACAUGGAUUUUAUAGCAGUAAAACUGUUUUAAUUAGAGAGCUUAUUUUGUUUAGUUACACUUACUCUAAACAGUUCUUUUAAAAUCUCUUGUCAAUACCAGAAUAGGUUAUCCCUCUUCCCACAAAGGAAUAAACAAAAUGCCUUUGCAAGCACUUCUAUGCUAGUGCAGAAUUUGUACUCCCAUAGUACCAAGUUGUAUGACCAGACCUGGUGGGUGCUAAUGGGUGAUAGGCCUUUGUACAGCCUGAAUGUGUAGGCAAUGCCUGAUGCUGAGCCCAUGGCAAAGAAACGUGUUGUACAAAGGCUAGCGCUAAACAUAUGCUAGGGAUUUUGCUGAUAGCUAAUUUGCAUGCAAGACUUGAAACUGCAUUGAUCAAAGUGCUUUAGAAUAUCUUAACACAGGAUUAGCACAAGUUAGUUUUUACCUAGAUUUAGUUUUCACCUAUUAUUUUCUCUGUUUAGGUGUAUUUGCUAUGUUACUCACUCAUUCCAAACAAGUGAUAUUCUUAAAGUUUGGCCAUUUCUUUUGCUAUGGAGGUGGUCUGAAGUUCUGCUUACAGAGGUUUUGCAGAUUAAAAUUCUCUAUAUAACAAAAGUUGACUCCAAUCAGUAUGAAACAGUUUUGGUUUUGGAUAGAGCAGACCAGAGGCCUCUUCCCAAUCCAUAAAGACACUUCAGUGACAAUUCUAACCCUUGUGGAGUGCUGUACACAGCAAAAGGUGCCUGCCUUUGCCUUCAGGGCCAAGGAUGGGUGAAAAGCUGCUCUGAUGGGAUAUGUGUGAUCCCUCAAGGUGUCUUGUUCGUCGUCCCUCAAAGGUCUCAUAAAGAAUACCCAGAAUGGAUGCUGGUUUUAGGGGAGUAUAAAAACUAUUAUACAGGGGAAGGGAGUAACUGUCAAUGAAUCCAAACAAACAAAAAAAAAAAAAAAUUAUGUAUUUAAAUAGCUGGGAAGUCUUUAAGAAAUCUAUAAGUGAAAUGUGGAUCUGUUGCAAUUACCUCUGCUAUAUUAGUUGUAGGACUGAUAAGUUAAUUGCAGCGAACUUUUAUUGACAUAUAUAGAGUACAAGAGAAGUGGUUAAGGGCAGCAUCAGGAGUAUGCUGCUUCUGCCAUAGAACUAUGCUUUGCUGGCAUACGCACAGAAGCCAUAUCUGUUAUUAAUGUAUGGCUAUAAAAAGACUGAUGACCUGAUGUCUGGGAGUUUAGCACCUUGGUUUCUGAUGCAAAGAAUUAAGAGCCAAGAACUCCUGAGUUUCAGUUUUUCCAGUUCUCCACAUGCUGCCUUGAGAAAUGUCAUCUGUGCUCUCUGCCUUGUCUCCUGUUGCUGGAAAAGGAGAUGUUUUAAUUCCUACCUCACAGGGAUGUUGUGAGAAAUAACCAGCAAAGGUCUGUGCAACAGGUUAUUUUUUCUCUUCAGCUUGCAGAUCGCACUUGACCAAGAGUUCUGUGUCUUCCCUUGUUUGUAUCAGUGUUAAUUCAAAAGAGUGAACAUCACUGUAGUGCUGAAAACUGGGGAAGAAAGGAGAAAAGGCUAUCUCCAUAUAUAAGUGGUGCAAAUAUCUGCAUGUCACCCUUGAAUUUUUUUAUCUUGAGAGCAAUAUGCUGUGGUAGAAUAUUGGUAUUGUUAUGAAAAUCUCAUGUGUCCGCACAAGCUAAUUGCAACAAGCUGUGACUCCAGUUUUUUAGUUAAUUUGUAAAGUAGGAUUAGAUAUUAAAGCACUCCUAAGUAUCUCUCUCUCUGUGGGGGCAAGUGUGGUUUGUAGGUGAGGUUUACUCUGAGCAGUAGUUGCGAUGAUCGGUAUUACACGGAUGAGAGUGUCUCAUUCCUCUUCAGUGGUUGAUGAUAUCCAUGAAUGUUUAUUUGGGACGUCACUAAGAUAUCCUGUGCUUGACAGCACUUCACAAGACAGGACAGUUGAUAUCAUUUGUCCUGAAGAAGAUGAUGAUUCUGCUAUAUUAUCACAUUGGACUUAAGUUUAUAUUUUAUUGACUCUUGCCCUGAAAAAGCAAAAAAUGAAAUAUUAUAGAAAAUGUAGUUGUACUGUAAACUCUGCAAACUAAAUGUUGAAGUCCUUCUAUGUAUUUGAAAAACAAUCAAUAAAAUAAAGAUUAAAAAUCUUGGGUU